CAGAGCGGACUGUCAGAAGAACAGGAAGACGCCUUUAUUGCUAAAGACGUACUUGCUUCCCCUCUGUCAACCAGGGGUUAAAAAGUUACUAACUUCUAACAGCCAUGGAAACAAAUUGAGGACACACCGUCGACCUAGGUCAUUGAUAACACCAAUUUAGCGCUCGCGCUGUGGUCGUCGAAACAACUCGUGGAUAGCGGAAAGAGUUUUUUUGUUUUGUGUUUUCCUUUACCUAACUGUUACAAGCUAGCCUAGCUGAAGCUAAGGUUAGCUCAGAUAGUACCGCAUACAUUCAGGACCUAAAAUCCACGUUUCUAAAAACUUGGACUUGUGUUGCAUGUGGGAAAUAAUAGAGUGGCGUCCUCACUUUGUAUUUUAUUAACGCAACAGGUUGUUUUCGUACUUUUCGUCUCGAGGAGUUGUGUUGGGCUGUGCUUUGAAUUUCCCUCCUCCAGUGAUACCGAGAGGCGGCUUAAACAGGGGCUCGUUUUGUCUGUUGGCUUUCUACCAAAUUAUUAGCAGCACUGCGCUAAUUGUAGCUAGUUAGCCUGGGCACUAGCCUAGGCCCCUGGGAAUUAGGAGUUGGCAUUUUCCAUUGACGUUUAAAAUCUAAAAAAAAGGAUUACUGUUCCACUUGUUUAUUUUGACAUCCAAUUCAAGGAAACGGAUUAAAAGCUAGAAAUAUGGAUCACCAGACGGGGAGUUCUGCCUCAGCUGCUGGUCCCAAGAAGGACAAGAAAUCAAAGAAGAGCUACGAUGAUGGAGAUGGAAAAAAGAAAUUUACACUCAAACGGCUGAUUCCCGAUGAGUUGGAGCGUUUCACCAGCAUGAGGAAAAAGGAGAAGGAGAAGCCUGGACCACCGCCAGGUCACCGACACUCUUCAGCUGCCAGCUAUGAGAUCAGUGCUCAGAGUGGCAUGAUGAAUGAUCAUUCUGAUGAAUAUGUCCUGGAACUGUUUGAACAGAUGCUGGUGGAUAUGAACCUCAAUGAGGAAAAGCAGCAGCCUCUGAGACAGAAAGACAUUUUGAUCAAACGAGAGAUGGUCUCCCAGUACCUCCACACAUCUAAAGCUGGUCAGAGCCAGAAGGAGAGUUCCAAGUCGGCCAUGAUGUACAUCCAGGAGUUAAAGGCAGACUAUCGAGAUUCACAGCUGCUGAGCUGUCUUGAAUCUCUAAGAGUUUCACUCAAUAACAACCCUGUUAGUUGGGUACAGAACUUUGGAGAUGAAGGGUUGGCUCUGCUUCUGAAUCUGCUGAGAAAACUCCAGGAAGAGGAAUGCACGCCAAUUGGAACGAAAUGCCAACAUGAGAUAAUUCGUUGUCUUAAAGCCUUUAUGAACAACAAGCAUGGUCUGAAAUCCAUGUUGGAGUCACCUGAGGGAAUUCCUCUGCUAACCAGAGCCAUCAACCCAAAAGUGCCUCAUAUGAUGGUGGACGCUGUCAAGCUUCUUUCUGCCAUCUCCAUUUUGGAGCGUCCUGAAAACCUUCACGAGCGUGUUUUAGAGGCCAUUACAGAGGAGGCAGAGAAACAGGACACUGAAAGGUUUCAGCCACUUCUUACUGGAAUGAGGAGCUCCAGCAUUGCACUUAAGAGUGGCUGCAUGCAGUUAAUAAACGCCUUGAUCAGCCGUGCAGAAGAACUGGACUUCAGAAUCCAUAUUCGCUCUGAACUGCUAAGACUGGGUCUUAGAGAUCAGCUGAAGGAGGUGCGAAAGAUAGAAAAUGAAGAGCUGAAGGUGCAACUCACAGUGUUUGAUGAGCAGGCUGAAGAUGAUUCUGAGGACCUCAAAGCACGUCUGGAUGACAUCCGAAUGGAAAUGGAUGAUGUGAGGGACAUAUUUGAAAUCUUGGUCAACACUGUGAAGGACUCAAAGGCCGAGGGCCACUUCCUGUCCCUGAUGCAGCAUCUACUACUGAUCCGUAAUGAUUACUUGGCCAGUCUUGACAAUAUGGUGGACAAGACCAAGGUGGAAACCAGCGAAGCAAAAGCCUCUGAACUGGAAAAGAAGCUGGAUGCAGAAUUGACAGCACGCCACGAGUUGCAGGUGGAGCUGAAGAAAUUGGAGAGCGACUAUGAACAGAAGUUGCAGGACCUGAGCCAAGAGAAGGAACAGCUUGCCACAUCUAAGCAGGAGCGAGAAAAGGAAAACCAGGGACUACAGGAACAGCUAGGCAACUUGAAAACACAGAUUGAAAAGCUGUCUAAGGAUUUGGAAGAGGCAAAAACUAAGGUGAUCACUGUUACCGUUCCUGUGCCAACACCUGUAUUUCCCCCUCCGCCACCUCCUCCUCCACUCCCAGGCCAAAAUGUAGGUAUACCUCCACCUCCACCACCUCUACCAGGCCAUGCAAACGUACCUGUUCCCCAAGCCCCGCAGGGUCCUCCUUUACCGGGUCAUGCUGGUAUUCCUCCACCUCCACCUCCUUUACCUGGCAUGCCAGGACCCCCACCACCUCCACCCCUCCCUGGCAUGCCAGGACCCCCACCACCUCCACCCCUCCCUGGCAUGCCAGGACCACCACCACCUCCACCGCUCCCUGGCAUGGCAGGACCACCACCACCACCACCACCUGGAGGUCCUGGUAUUCCUCCUCCACCCCCAGGUCCAGGGAUGCCUCCACCUCCACCAUUUGCCAUGGGGGGCUGGGGUGCCCCUGCACCACCAGCACUGCCAUUUGGGCUCAAGCCUAAGAAGGAGUACAAGCCUGAGGUUCAGUUGAAGAGAGCCAACUGGAGUAAGAUCGGACCUGAGGACCUCUCAGAAAAUAGCUUCUGGAUCAAGGCGAAAGAAGACCAAUUUGAAAAUAACGAACUCUUUGCCAAACUUACCUUAACGUUUUCUUCGCAGACAAAAACCACCAAAGCUAAAAAGGAGCAGGAUGGUGGGGAUGAAAAGAAACAGGUGCAGAAGAAGAAGGUGAAAGAGCUGAAGAUUCUUGACUCAAAGUCUUCACAGAAUCUCUCUAUUUUUCUGGGAUCGUUCCGUAUCCCUUAUGAGGAGAUCAAGAAUGCCAUCCUGCAGGUUAAUGAGAAGGUCCUCACAGAGUCCAUGGUUCAGAACCUGAUCAAGCAACUGCCAGGACCAGACCAGCUGGGUGUCCUGGCAGAUAUGAAGGAUGAAUACGAUGACUUGGCUGAGUCUGAACAGUUUGGAGUAGUGAUGUCCAGUGUGAAGCGGUUGAUGCCACGGCUUCAGGCCAUCUUGUUCAAGCUGCAGUUUGAGGAACAGCUGAACAACAUCAAGCCGGAUGUGGUGUCUGUGACAGCAGCUUGUGAAGAGCUUAGGAAAAGUGAUACAUUCGCCAGGUUGCUGCAGAUCAUCCUCCUUGUUGGGAAUUAUAUGAAUUCUGGCUCUCGCAAUGGAGCAGCAUUCGGCUUCUCCAUAUCAUACCUGUGCAAGCUUCGUGACACAAAAUCAGCUGAUCUGAAACAGACACUGCUCCAUUUCCUUGCUGACGUGUGCCAGGAGCAGUAUCCUGAUGUCAUGAGCUUUGCAGAUGAGCUCAUUCAUGUCGAAAAGGCCAGCAGAGUUUCUGCAGAGACAGUUCAGAAGAACCUAGAAAUGAUGGGCCGUCAGAUCAAGAGCCUGCAGAAAGAUUUGGAAACCUUUCCUCCUCCACAAAAUGAUAAGGACCUGUUCGUGGAGAAGAUGUCGAGCUUUGUGAGCCAUGCCCAAGAACAGUAUGAGAAACUAGAUCUGAUGCACAAGAAUAUGGAAAAGCAAUACAGUGAUCUGGGAGACUAUUUUGUCUUUGACCCGAAAAAGAUCUCUGUCGAGGAAUUAUUUGGGGAUCUCAACAACUUCAAAAACAUGUUCCAGCAAGCAGUGAAGGAGAAUCAGAAAAGAAAGGAGGCUGAAGAGAAGAUCAAGAGGGCCAAGCUGGCGAGAGAGAAAGCAGAAAAGGAAAAAGAGGAGAAACUCAAGAAGAACCAGCUCCCAGACAUCAACGCAGAGGAUGAUGAAACUGGUAUCAUGGAUGGCCUGUUGGAGGCGCUGCAGUCCGGUGCUGCUUUCAGGAGAAAGAGAGGACCACGUCAAGCAGCCAACCACCGACGAGCUGGAAAUGUGGUGACCAACAUUCUGGCCAAAGAGCUGAUGCAGGAAGAUAAGCCUUCAUUGGGUAAACCUUCUGCAAAAAAGUUAAAGUCAGAUGAUAAAGUGGAGCCAAAACUAGAAGAAGCAGAGUCAUUAGAGGACUUGCUUGAGUCUGCGACUUCUCGGUCUAAUUAGGUACCCAGGUAGAAGUUUGUUUUUCUUUUUUUCUUUGUUUAGUUUUGAUUUUUUUUUUUUAACCUAUACAGCCAGUCUAUCUAAAGUCAGAUUUAUCUUUCUUAGGCAUUCCAGGGGCCAAUAAUCAUCUGCUAUUAGUUUACUGAAUAAUGGCCUGCUUUCUUUUCCAUAAAUGUCUUAAAAGGACAGUCUUUUAAAAUAACAUUGUUUUUUGAGACGACAGAGAGAUGCAGAACUUAAGGGCGGGGCUCUCACCUCAGUUUCAACCUCUGCAUGGUCUUCACCAGCCUUGAGAACUCUGACACUGUCAUAAAGAUUGAAUUGCUUUUUCCAUCACAUGCACAUAAGGUGUUCAUGUUGUUUUGUUUUGUUUUGUUUUUGUUUUUUUUCUGUUUCUCUUUAUUUCUACAUCACUCGGUUCACCUGUCACUCAAAGGACAUCUUUAGCCAUUCCAAAGACUUACUCAGGAGGAUCCACUUUGUUUCUUUUAUCUUUCUUCCCCUUCUUUUUUUGGUUAUUCCCAGAUUUAGACUGAGAAUGUGUAGAUUUUGGCACAUCCUGCAUCAUCUUGUCAGGAUGUUCCAGCCAAGACCACUUUGCUGUUUGUUUUUUGUUGAUGUUUUCUGUUUUUAAAGAGAUGAAACAAUUUUCUUUGUAAUUAUUUGUUAUUCCGUAUGUUACUGCUUGUAAUCAUUUUACUGUAUUAUUCAAAGUGCCAACUGAUAGAAAUCCAGUCUUAUCAUUUCACUUCUGGGUUUAAUACGGUCACAGUUUGCACUGGUCCUGCCUGACACCUCAUCAACAGCAGUUAUCACCUGGGUUUAUAUUUCAGCAUGUUCUUUAGCGAGAAAGGGCAUAGCGCACAGGUGUCCGUGUGCUUAAAGGGAGGGAUUAAUUAUAUAAACUUGUCUGUUACCAUAUGUGCCCAUAUCAUUUAUAUGAAACAUGAACAUGAUUAUUCACACAAAAUCUAAGGCAAGAUAGUCGACAGCAAAAAUGUUCUUCCACAGAGUCCAACCAAAACAAAUAUUGCUUUUUCAGAGGGUGUUUCCAUGCACACCCAGCCUGAGCAGUUCACAUGCCUGUGUGUUUGUAUAUGAAAAAGUCUGUGUGAAGUAGCUGCCUAUAUUUAGUCAGUUUCCUACAUGUGUGUUUGUGCUUGUAAGUUUGUAUGUACUGCCAUCUGUAAUUACUGUAUGGUACCGACCAUGCUGUCAUAAAUGUUAGGUUUCAUGAACAGCGUUUCGGUCUUUCUGCUGAAGAUAAAGCAUACUGGAAAACUGCCCAAAAACUGCUGAGAUAUACGUGUGCGUGCAUGCGUGCACGCUUGUUUCCCUCCCACUGAACUGCAGCAGUAGUUUUUGAAUGUCUGGCUGCGUUUCUAUUUGUUUUCAGCCAUCAGCAUACAUGUUGCCAUGAUGUUGUGGUGUACUAUUUGACAGGAAUCUGGUGAGAUGAUGUAAGCUGCUCCAUGCAAUAUUUAUUACUAUGCAAGCACAUUAUUGUAGCGCGCUCCCCAGACGUGAUACCUAGUCAGUCUCAGGAUGUACAAACCGCUGGCACACCUCGCACACUCUUGAAUAAACCUGCUGGUUCAAGGUCAGUGCUUCAUGGCAGUGAUGACUGAGAAAAAUCCUUUUAGCUCCAAAACUUCAUGACAUCACCAGUAUCGUUAUUCCAUCUUCCUAUAAGAAUGUGCCGUCUUUGGACAAAAUGAUAAUUAAACACAAAAGGAAAUAAGAUGACGCACUGGAGCGCUUCCAGUGAUGGUGCAUCAUUUUUUUUUAUCAAAUAACACUGAGAAUAACAAAUAUUUUGUUGCGCCUCAUCUCAAGCACAAAUAUGUCGUAGCUGUAUUUAAAUGGUUGACACGGUUGCUGUUUUAAUGUCCGCAAUAUUUUGCCUAUGACUUCAAGUGCACACCUGUAGAUUGAUUGUGUGUAAUGCACCCUGAAAAACAAAUGUUUUUGAAGUGAGGAGCAAGGGAAAACUAGAGGAGGUAAACGAUGUCACUGGAAUAUUUUUGCAAAUUUGAGUUUUUCCUUUUCUCAACAAGUCCU